UUAUGUAGAUAAGGAGAGAGAUGAAGUGGGCGACGUGAAAGUGACCCAUGAACGUUAUUUCUUUCAUAAUCUUCAUGACAUAAGACAUGAAGCAAAUGGAAAGGAUUCAUAUAACUUAGUUCAGGAUCGUGAUGACAUGUUAAGAACGCCACUAAUAGCGGAGAAUUAUGGGAAGAAUCGUUCAACAGAUGGGGAUCAACCAAUGAAUAAAGUCGUAAAGACGAUACAAAUAAUAUCAAUAUUCAUAUAAAAGUACACACAAAGGAGAAGCCAUACAGCUGUGAGAUUUGCAAAAAGGCCUUCAUAUCCGAAACCAGACUAGUUAGGCAUAUCUAAAUACAUACAAAUGAGAAACCAGUUGUGAGAUUUGUAACAAGGCCUUCUCGGAGAAAAGUAAAGUAGUGAGGCAUAUGAGAAUACAUACAAAGGAGAAACCAUACUGCCGUGAAUUUUGCAAUAAGGCCUUCGUAACCAAAUCCAGUCUAGUAAGGCAUAUCCGAAUGCAUACACAUGAGAAGCAGUACAGUUGUGAGAUUUAUAAUAGAUCUUUCUCAAGGAAGUUUACUCUAGUGUGCCACGUGAGAAUGCAUACAAAGGAAAUGCCAUACAGAUGUAAAAUCUGCAAUAAGGUCUUCUCAAGGAAAUUUCAUCUAGUUCGCCAUUUGAGGGUAAAUGCAAAGGAGAAGACAUACAGCUGUGAGCUUUGUAACAAAGCCAUCUCGAAGAAAUCUACUCUAGUGAGUCAUAUGAGAGUACAUACAAAUGAGAAGCGAUACAGCUGUGAGAUUUGCAAUAAGGCCUUCCUAUCCAAAAACGAUUUAGUAAGGCAUAUCCGUAUACAUACAAAUGAGAAGCCGUAUAGUUGUGAGAUUUGCAACAAGGCGUUCUCAAGGAAAAAUUUCAUCAGUGUUUCCAUGUGA